CUCCACUCCCUGGCUGGAGGCACGGAAGCUCUUGGUCUGUGUACUAGUCUGUCAGGCCAGCCCACCCUGCUGCAGCCAUGUCUCGGCCCCUGUCAGACCAGGAUAAGAGAAAGCAAAUCAGUGUGCGUGGCCUGGCUGGUGUGGAGAAUGUGACUGAGCUGAAAAAGAACUUCAAUCGGCACCUGCAUUUCACGCUAGUCAAGGACCGCAAUGUGGCCACGCCGAGAGACUACUACUUUGCGCUGGCCCACACUGUCCGAGACCACCUCGUGGGACGCUGGAUCCGCACACAGCAGCACUACUAUGAGAAGGACCCCAAGAGGAUCUACUACCUGUCUUUGGAGUUCUACAUGGGACGGACACUACAGAAUACCAUGGUGAACCUGGCCUUAGAGAAUGCCUGUGAUGAAGCCACCUACCAGUUGGGCCUGGACAUGGAGGAGCUGGAAGAAAUUGAAGAGGAUGCAGGGCUGGGCAAUGGGGGCCUGGGUCGGCUGGCAGCAUGCUUUCUGGACUCCAUGGCGACACUGGGUCUGGCUGCCUAUGGUUAUGGGAUCCGCUAUGAAUUUGGGAUUUUUAAUCAGAAGAUCUGUGGGGGCUGGCAGAUGGAGGAAGCUGAUGACUGGCUUCGCUAUGGCAACCCCUGGGAGAAGGCCCGGCCUGAGUUCACACUGCCAGUGCACUUCUAUGGCCGAGUGGAGCACACCAGCCAGGGAGCCAAGUGGAUAGACACACAGGUGGUAUUGGCCAUGCCCUAUGACACUCCUGUGCCUGGAUACCGCAAUAAUGUUGUCAACACCAUGCGCCUCUGGUCAGCCAAGGCUCCCAACGACUUCAACCUCAAGGACUUUAAUGUCGGUGGCUAUAUCCAGGCUGUGCUGGACCGGAAUCUGGCUGAGAACAUCUCUCGUGUCUUGUACCCCAACGAUAAUUUCUUUGAGGGGAAGGAGCUGCGGCUGAAGCAGGAGUACUUCGUAGUGGCUGCCACCCUCCAGGACAUCAUCCGGCGCUUCAAAUCUUCCAAGUUCGGUUGCCGGGAUCCUGUGCGCACAAACUUCGAUGCCUUCCCGGAUAAGGUGGCCAUCCAGCUUAAUGACACCCACCCCUCCUUGGCCAUCCCUGAGCUGAUGAGAAUUCUGGUGGACCUGGAACGGCUGGACUGGGACAAGGCCUGGGACGUGACAGUGAAGACCUGUGCCUAUACCAACCACACGGUGCUGCCCGAGGCCCUGGAGCGCUGGCCUGUGCACCUCAUGGAGACGCUGCUGCCCCGGCACCUGCAGAUCAUCUACGAGAUCAACCAGCGAUUCCUUAAUAGAGUGGCAGCUGCAUUCCCAGGGGAUGUGGACCGGCUCCGGCGCAUGUCACUCGUGGAGGAGGGUGCAGUGAAACGCAUCAACAUGGCACACCUGUGCAUUGCGGGCUCGCAUGCAGUCAAUGGUGUAGCUCGUAUCCACUCGGAGAUCCUCAAGAAGACCAUCUUCAAGGACUUCUAUGAACUGGAGCCUCAUAAGUUCCAGAAUAAGACCAAUGGCAUCACCCCUCGGCGCUGGCUGGUUCUGUGCAACCCUGGCCUGGCAGAGGUCAUUGCUGAGCGCAUUGGGGAGGAGUACAUCUCAGACCUGGACCAGCUGCGGAAACUGCUCUCCUAUGUGGACGAUGAAGCUUUCAUCAGGGAUGUGGCCAAAGUGAAGCAGGAAAACAAGUUGAAGUUCUCUGCAUACCUGGAGAGAGAAUACAAAGUCCAAAUCAACCCCAACUCCCUCUUCGAUGUCCAGGUGAAGCGGAUUCAUGAAUACAAACGUCAGCUCCUCAAUUGCCUUCACGUCAUCACCCUGUACAAUCGGAUCAAGAGAGAGCCCAAUAAGUUUGUUGUGCCUCGGACUGUGAUGAUCGGAGGCAAGGCCGCACCCGGGUACCACAUGGCAAAGAUGAUCAUCAAGCUUAUCACUGCAAUCGGGGAUGUGGUGAACCACGACCCGGUGGUGGGAGACCGCCUCCGUGUGAUCUUCCUGGAGAACUACCGAGUCUCACUGGCUGAGAAAGUGAUCCCAGCGGCCGACCUCUCCGAGCAGAUCUCCACUGCAGGCACUGAGGCCUCAGGCACAGGCAACAUGAAGUUCAUGCUCAAUGGGGCUCUGACCAUUGGCACCAUGGAUGGGGCCAAUGUGGAAAUGGCAGAAGAGGCAGGAGAACAGAAUUUCUUCAUCUUUGGCAUGCGCGUGGAGGACGUAGAAAGGCUUGACCAGAGAGGGUACAACGCCCAGGAAUACUAUGACCGCAUUCCUGAGCUUCGGCAGAUCAUCGAGCAGCUGAGCAGUGGCUUCUUCUCCCCCAAACAGCCCGACUUAUUCAAGGACAUUGUCAACAUGCUCAUGCACCAUGACCGGUUUAAAGUCUUUGCAGAUUAUGAAGAAUACAUUAAGUGCCAGGAGAAAGUCAGUGCUUUGUAUAAGAACCCAAGAGAAUGGACAAGGAUGGUCAUCCGGAACAUAGCCACCUCGGGCAAGUUCUCUAGCGACCGCACCAUUGCCCAGUAUGCCCGGGAGAUCUGGGGCGUGGAGCCUUCCUACCAGCGCCUGCCAGCCCCUGAUGAGAAGAUCUGAACUCCUAGGCCAAACCCCAAACCUGCCCUGGUGUCUGUUUGCAAUCCUUUGGGCCAACUCCAUCCAGCUCCUCUUCCAGAGGGUGGGAGCCUGGAGUUGGGUCUCUACGCCCUUUCCUGGAACCCUCAUUUGUCCAGUGUGAUCGAGGAACACUGUCCCCUUCCUAUCUGACCAGCUGUACCCACUUCCAAUAAAUUGACUCUCCUUGGGAGCUUCUUUACUCUUC